CGAAUUUCCAGUGUGUGCAUUUUCAUGCAAAAGCAAUUCUACUCGACCAAAUCCUCUAAAUUGUCCCUCGAAACCCACUAUAAAAUCCCCACCUCCUAACAACCCUCUUUAUCCACCUUUCAUAAAUUUUCCCAAAAAUAAAAACAAAUAGACAAAAAAAAAUAAAAAAAAAAUGUCCCGCUUUAGAGACAUCCUCGCCGGAAAACUAAACUCCGGCGACAACCCAGCCACCCGAAAGAAAAAACUCAUCCUCGCCGCCCUCUCCUCCGUCCUCCUCCUCGCCGCCGUCGUCGGGACCGUCGCUGGAGUCCGAUCAAAUCGAAAAAACCCCGACCGGCCAGAAAGCAUCAAAACAUCUCACGCGCUCGCCUCAGCAAAAUACCACUGCACCACCACGCGCUACCCCGACCUCUGCUUCUCCACCUUAUCCGACUCCAUUAAUGACGGCCGCCGGAACUUGACCUCGCAUAAGGAUUUCAUCCUCGUAACGCUGGAAAAAACCAUCUCCGCCGCGGAGAAAAACAUAUUAAACGUCGAGAAACUGCUCAACGACACCCGCCGGAAGUUCACGGAGAGGGAGAGGCAGGCGCUGAACGACUGCCUUCAGGAGACUGGCCUGACACUGGACGAGCUCCGGUCAACUGUCGCCGAGCUGAAAGAGUACCCGUCGGUCAGUAAAUCGAUCGCCAGCCACGCGGAUGAUCUGAAAACCCUACUUUCCGCCGCCCUUACAAAUCAGGAUACAUGCCGGGAGGGAUUUUCGUACACCGAAAAAGAGAAGCACGAUCGGGAGGUCUUCGUCGACGGCGAAGUCCUCCACGUGGAGAAGCUCUGCAGCAACUCCCUCGCCAUGCUAACCAACAUGACCAACGCCGACGUGGCCGCCGCUGCCGCCGCCGGCACCGGCGGCGGGAGGAGGCUCCUGGAAGCGGGGGGAUGGCCUGACCGGAACGUGAAGGACGGGAGCACGACGUUCAAGUCGGCGACGGUUGCCGCGGUCGGAGCAGGGUUCCUCGCGCGGGACAUCACCUUCCAGAACACGGCGGGCCCGGCCAAGCACCAGGCCGUGGCCCUGCGCGUGGGGUCCGAUCUCUCGGCAUUCUACAGAUGCGACAUGCUCGGAUAUCAGGACACGCUGUACGUCCACUCCAACCGCCAGUUCUUCACCAGUUGCCUCGUCAUCGGCACAGUCGACUUCAUAUUCGGCAACGGGGCUGCAGUUUUCCAAAACUGCACCAUCCUCGCCCGCCUGCCCGACCCUAACCAACGCAACAUGGUCACGGCCCAGGGCAGAAUCGACCCGAACCAGAACACGGGCAUCGUGAUCCAGAAUUGCCACAUAGGCGCCACUCCAGACCUAUUUCCGGUCCGAAGCGACUUUCCGACCUACCUCGGGAGGCCAUGGAAGGAGUACAGUAGGACGGUGAUCAUGCAGUCGACGAUCGAUGAUGUCAUCCGGCCGACCGGGUGGCACGAGUGGAAUGGCGAGUUUGCGUUAGACACGCUUGUUUACUUGGAGUAUCGGAACACGGGUCCCGGGGCAAAUACGACGAGCAGGGUGACGUGGCGUGGGUUUAAGGUUGUUACGAGCGCGGAUGAGGUGCGGCCGUACACGGCAGAAAACUUUAUCGACGGCAGAACUAUGGACACAGUACAGUCCUUCAAGGGCUACGGCAAAGUAGACGAGAUCGAGGAAUCCAAUUUCCGACGAAAAACCCGGCGGCGCUUAAUCAUACUCUCCGUCUCCCUCGUCCUCCUGGCGGCCCUAAUCGCCGCCGUAGUCACCGGAGUCGUGAUCCACAACCGGAAAUCCGGCCGCUCCGGCGGGAUCCCGACCACCCCGGCAGCCGCGAUCCGAACCGUGUGCGGCGUCACUCAGUACCCGGAAGCGUGCGCCGCCAGCCUUUCCGGAGCCAACUCAUCAGAUCCGGCGAAGAUCUUCAGAUUCUCGCUGACGGUGGCUGCCGACGCGCUGCGGAGGGCAUCGACGCUCCCGGGCGCGUACGCCGCGAACUCGUCGGAUCCGCUCGUGAAGGCCGCAGCUAGCGUCUGUGGCGCCGUCCUGGACGACGCCGUCGAUUUCCUCAACGACGCGGCGGCCGCGGCCGUCUCCGACGGUGGCGGUCUGUUCUCGUCGGAGACUGUCGGCGACAUGCGGACGUGGCUGAGCUCGGUGGUGACGGACCAGGAGACGUGCCUGGACGCGCUGGAGGAGGCCGGCGCCGCCUUCGCCGGCGAGGUCCGGAACCGGUCGAUGGACGCGGCGGAGUUCGCGAGCAACAGCCUGGCCAUCGUGUCGAAGUUUCUCUCGUUGCUCGGCGAAUUCAAGAUCCCGUUCGGCGGCCACCGCCGCCUGCUAGCGGCGGAGGAGGAUUUUCCGGCUUGGGUGGCGGAGGAGGACCGGAGGAUGCUGGCCGCGGCGAAGCCGCCGCGUCCGAACGUGACGGUGGCGAGGGAUGGGAGCGGAGAUGUGAGGACGGUGAAAGAGGCGGUGGAGAGAAUUCCGAAGAAGAGCAAAUUUAGAUUCGUAAUAUAUGUGAAGGCCGGCAAGUAUACGGAAAACGUGGUGAUCGACAAGCACCACUGGUACGUAACGAUGUACGGCGACGGGAAGGAAGCCACCAUCAUCUCCGGCAGCAAGAAUUUCAUCGACGGCACUCCGACCUUCUCCACGGCCACCUUCGCCGUGACAGGAAAGGGGUUCAUCGCCCGAGACAUGAAAUUCGAAAACACAGCUGGCGCCGCCAAACACCAGGCCGUGGCCCUCAGAUCUGGGUCGGACCUAUCCAUUUUCCACCGGUGCUCGUUCGACGCUUUUCAAGACACGCUCUACGCGCACUCCAAUCGCCAGUUCUACCGCGAUUGUGACAUAACCGGAACAAUCGACUUCGUGUUCGGAAAUGCGGCCGUCGUUUUCCAAAGCUGCCGGAUCAUGCCACGUCAGCCGCUGGCCAACCAGUUCGUGACCAUCACGGCCCAGGGUAAAAAGGACCCGAAUCAGAACACGGGGAUAUCCAUCGACAAGUGCGUGUUGACCCCAUUGGACAAGCUCACGGCCCAGACGUAUUUGGGCCGGCCCUGGAAGGAUUUCUCCACAACGGUCAUCAUGAGGAGUAGCAUCGGCUCGUUUUUGAGUCCAUUGGGCUGGAUUUCGUGGGUACCGAAUGUGGAUCCGCCCAACACCAUUUUCUACGCCGAGUCUCAGAAUACUGGGCCUGGGGCGGGGACGGAUAAGAGGGUGAAGUGGGCUGGGUAUAAGCCCAGUUUGCCCAAGGCCCAGGCCGCGAGGUUUGAUGUGGAGUCCUUUAUUCAGGCCUCGACGUUUUUGCCGGCGGCAAAUGUGGCUUAUGAGCGCAAUUGAUUAAAAUGGGGGGAUUAUAAUAUAAUAUAAUAAUACUACACUUUCUCUUUUUGUUUUUUAAUUUGCAUGUUUUUAUUUAUUAUGUAUAACCCAUGAUGAUGAUAGAUUGUACCUUUGAUUUGGGGUUGUGAGAUUUGAAUUUGAACGUACAACUCCAGUUAUUAGAAUGUCCUUUUUAGAUAUCUGCUUACAGGGCUUUUUUGUAAUUAAUUCAGGUCAUAAUAUAACUAUAUGUUUGAUGUGGU